AUGGAUGAUGUCAACGAUGACUCAGCGUUGCGUGGCCUCAGACGUAAGUGGCGUAGAACAGCUGACAUGUCUUCAAUUGACACUGCAGUCUUUCCAUUGGUUGCUGAUGCAGAUGUGCGUGUAACUUUGGAUGAGCCACCAGAUCACCCGUCACCUGACAGAGUUGUUAUUGCUGGCCCACAGUGUGACGCUGUGAUUGGUACUGACCUUGGUUUCAAUCUCAGUCCUUUGCAGAGUGCAGCUUCUUCAUUGUACGAACCUUCAAUCGCAUCAGUAGUUCAUGAAACCGACAACGUUGUGGAUGUUGGUGGCAAAAGUUCGUUCAUGGAUGAUUGCACAGCAGUGUCAGACCAGUUCAUUAGAGGUGCACGUUUUACAGCUGUCACGAUGCCCUGGGAGACUCCGUUGAUGCGACAGAUCUUCGGUGAAGAACACCCCGGUGCUAAACUCAGUAUGCCACUGGAUUGGGGACACGCUGAACUGCCACUGGUUGACAGUGCAGAAUCUGGCAUAACUCAGCCUGUCAUCCCUUCUGAUGGUCAUUGGAAGUGCUUUCAGUAUGUGCGUCACAAGACAGAUGAUACUUUUUUGCAACAGCGUGAGAAGACCCUGACAAGUGCCAUUGCCAAGUGGCGCUUCCUGGUGAUGUUGGAUCUUAGUAGAUCAGAAGUCGGAAGACAGCUUGGUGCUUUGGAAUGUGCCAACUCACGGCGCAUAGCUGGACAGUCACACAUUCAACUGUCGCUGAAGGCACCUGCAAGACAGGCGCGACCACUGACCGUGAAUGAGGUCAGAGUGCUCCACAACAUUGCUGAUGGAGAGAUGUACUCGAAGGUGGACAGGCCUCUGUCACCAGGUGAAGUUACGAACAUCUUGAAAGGAUUCUUGCAGUGCAGUGACCAGAACCUCAGUAGUCACAGCUUGAAAGCGACGACGCUCAGUUGGGCUGCAAAGUGUGAAUUAACCCGCGAGCAACGUCGCAUCCUUGGUCGCCAUGCUGCAGCAGUGCAGGGGGCAGACACCUUUUACAGCAGAGACAUGAGCAUCGGGCCCGUGAACUCGCUGCAGAAAGUCAUCACGCUGAUCAGGGACAGGGUUUUUCACCCUGAUGCCUCAAGGGCCAACUACUUUCCUGGACCCCGACCGUUAGCGUCGGGAACUCCUGCUCAUGUUGUGAUGCAGCCAUUCACGCCUGCGUUUAUCGAAAGAGCCCAGCCAACUACCCCUGGCUGUGACCCUAUGGUGCCGGAGUGCAAGACGGUGCAAUCAAAUGUUGGUGACACAGUCGGUCGUCCUCAAGUCGACGAGGUGAAAAGUGAAACUGGGUGGAACCUCUUGGUGAAUGAGGGCAACGUGCCUGUCAUUGACAUCAGCUCUGACUCUGACUCUGACUCUGACAGUUCGGAGAGCAACUCUUGUAGCUCGACUUCGAGUCAGGGAGAUUCAAUUGACCUUGAUGCGGAGGACGCUGUGGAUACCCAACGUGAUGCAGUGGAUACAGCUGUGAACCUAGAUGUCUGGGCGAAGAACGUCAAGACCAAGAUAGUUCACAAGUGUCGCAAUGAAGUCUCCAUUCAUGUAGGAGAUCAGCAGAUGUUCGGCGAAGUGUUUGGUGGAAGCCUGACAUGUUGCGGCCGUGACAUCACGAAGAGUUAUCACUUGGUUGUUGGACCUUGCGAUUGGACCUCAAAGUGUCGCAUAUGUUUCAAGGGCAAACUCUUUUCCUUCAAAGACUUCCUCGUGAACAAGCGUUGCAGUCUACUUGAUACUUCAAACCGCGUGAAUCAACGCAUUUGUCCAGGGAACGUGGCCAAACCCUGGGUGAUAAAUCUCAGUCCUUUGCAGAGUGCAGCUUCUUCAUUGUACGAACCUUCAAUUGCAUCAGUAGUUCAUGAAACCUACAACGUUGUGGAUGUUGGUGGCAAAAGUUCGUUCAUGGAUGAUUGCACAGCAGUGUCAGACCAGUUCAUUAGAGGUGCACGUUUUACAGCUGUCACGAUGCCCUGGGAGACUCCGUUGGUGCGACAGAUCUUCGGUGAAGAACACCCCGGUGCUAAACUCAGUAUGCCACUGGAUUGGGGACACGCUGAACUGCCACUGGUUGACAGUGCAGAAUCUGGCAUAACUCAGCCUGUCAUCCCUUCUGAUGGUCAUUGGAAGUGCUUUCAGUAUGUGCGUCACAAGACAGAUGAUACUUUUUUGCAACAGCGUGAGAAGACCCUGACAAGUGCCAUUGCCAAGUGGCGCUUCCUGGUGAUGUUGGAUCUUAGUAGAUCAGAAGUCGGAAGACAGCUUGGUGACGCUGAUGACACAAAGGUUGAACUGGUGCUGACCUCAGUAAUGGGAGUCAAAAGCCCGAACACCAUCCUGAAACGUGCAAAUGCAUUGAUGAUGUACUACAGAUGGGUCUCUGUCAAUAGCUCAGUGCCAAUGGUCCCCUUCAAUGAGUCCGACGUGUGGCACUAUGUGAUGGAACAGAAUGGGGUCAGCAGAUCCGCCUCCAGGUCACAAUCUUUGCUGCAGGCAUUGAGGUUUGCACAUUUUGUCAUGGGCUUUGACAAGGCUUUGGAAUGUGCCAACUCACGGCGCAUAGCUGGACAGUCACACAUUCAACUGUCGCUGAAGGCACCUGUAAGACAGGCGCGACCACUGACCGUGAAUGAGGUCAGAGUGCUCCACAACAUUGCUGAUGGAGAGAUGUACUCGAAGGGGGCAGACACCUUUUACAGCAGAGACAUGAGCAUCGGGCCCGUGAACUCGCUGCAGAAAGUCAUCACGCUGAUCAGGGACGGGGUUUUUCACCCUGAUGCCUCAAGGGCCAACUACUUUCCUGGACCCCGACCGUCAGCGUCGGGAACUCCUGCUGCUCAUGUUGUGAUGCAGCCAUUCACGCCUGCGUUUAUCGAAAGAGCCCAGCCAACUACCCCUGGCUGUGACCCUAUGGUGCCGGAGUGCAAGACGGUGCAAUCAAAUGUUGGUGACACAGUCGGUCGUCCUCAAGUCGACGAGGUGAAAAGUGAAACUGGGUGGAACCUCUUGGUGAAUGAGGGCAACGUGCCUGUCAUUGACAUCAGCUCUGACUCUGACUCUGACAGUUCGGAGAGCAACACUUGUAGCUCGACUUCGAGUCAGGGAGUUUCAAGUGACCUUGAUGCGGAGGACGCUGUGGAUACCCAACGUGAUGCAGUGGAUACAGCUGUGAACCUAGAUGUCUGGGCGAAGAACGUCAAGACCAAGAUAGUUCACAAGUGUCGCAAUGAAGUCUCCUUUCAUGUAGGAGAUCAGCAGAUGUUCGGCGAAGUGUUUGGUGGAAGCCUGACAUGUUGCGGCCGUGACAUCACGAAGAGUUAUCACUCGGUUGUUGGACCUUGCGAUUGGACCUCAAAGUGUGGCCGGGGUCCGGCGACGGGGGUGGAAGGUGUGGCUGGAGUCCGGCGACAGGGGUGGGAGGCAUUUGUUCCUCCCCCGAAGACAGUAGACCCCUUGACUGGUGAGCAAUUGGAUGAUCCCGAUGCCGUGCCCGACUAUUUGGUUGGAGUGAACAAAUUGUUGAAAGCUUGGGAAGAAAUGACUGGCCGCACUGCCUUGGAUAAACGAGGUGAACUUCGUCAGGCCUUCUACAUGGACCUUAGCAGAAAAGCUGGCGAGCGAGUGAGUGAGUUUUGCACUCGCUAUCGCUCAUUGGUGGCUGAUCUCCAAGGAGAAGGAGUCAUUGUGGGCGAUGCCGAGCUCGGUUGGUGGCUCAGACAGAAGAUCGGCUUGGUCAACAUCACUGAGAAUCCUGACGAAGAAGCAGCCGUGGAGGAGGAGUUGCAUGAUGAAGCUGAGGGGCAAGAUGGUCCUUCCUCUUCACUGGAGGAAAUACUGCAGACUGAGGCCGAGGUGCUUGCGGCUGAAUUGCAUGAAGCUGAACAAGAAGGUGUCGAUCCCUCAGUGCUUGAUUCCUUGGAGAGCGGCAUCGAGCAAGCUGCUGAGACCCUGGUGACAAUGAGGGAGGCUCGACAUCAGCUGCAGUCGGUUCGCAAGGAUCGUGGAUAUGGCAAGUCUGAUGGACCGACUUUCAAGCAUAGCGGCACCUCUCAAGUGGCCAAUCGAAAAGCUUCUGGAAAAUUCCCCUGCUACGACUGUGGCGAGAACGGCCACUGGGCCGGUGAUGCUGCUUGUAAGAAACCUGGUCAAGGACUUGGAAAGAAGAAGAAUGAUGGUCGCAAGCCUUUGCGACAGGUUCGAGUUGCAGAACAUGAAAGCUGUGCGUCUGCUCCUGCCUCGCCUGGAGGCCAUGCAGCUGAUGUGGUGGAGCAUGCGCUGCCAUCGCAUGACGUUUUGGUUGCAGAGGUUGAGUCUGAGAAUUUCAGGUUUGGUAACAACGGUGUGGUUCCCUCAUUGCAAAGAUGGCGACUUCCUGCACUCAUUGGUGAAACCUUGGUUCUCAUUUGGGUAUCUAUGGUUCCAGUCAGUACUUUAGGUUGUUUGAUUGGUCGUGACCUUUUGGAAUCUCUUGGUGCAGUUUUGGACUUUUGCAAGCGCACCAUCCAGUGCUCCCACAUUGCUUCUGGCAUUCUGCAACUGCGUCAGAUGGUGGCAGGUCACUUCAGACUGGAGCUGCUGCCGAAGCUGCCCGAGCAAUGGGGUGCGCCAACUCAGUCAUUGGGCCGUUGGCGGAAAUGUGGUCAAGAUGGUGUUGUUGAGUUGUGGAUGACACGUCCUCAAUGGGUCCAGUACAAGUUGCAACAUGAUCCCAUGCAGUUUGUGAAGUGUCAUGAGCAUUUGUUGACAGAAUCGAGUUUGCAAGCAUGUUUGUUUGAACCUGAAGCGGCAAAGCUCUUGCGCACGGCGCACUACUUCCCGGAAUUUGACUUCGGCUCGAGCGUCUUUGAAGCGUGUUCGCAAGCGAACACUCCAUGGAGUUGCCAAGCGAUCGAGACAGAUGCGGAAGCCGAUGGAUUCGCUUCAUCUCCACAGGCUCACUGUCCGAAGACAGUGGCACGAUCAUGGCAUUCUCCUGGUCCUAUGGGUCUUGCAAAAGCCGCACUUGCGCUUCUUGCCUUUGCCCUAUCCCAAUGUGGCCAAUUGCCAAGCUUGGACUUUGCAGGCCGAAUCCAUGAUGAAGUUGAAGGGCAAAGAGCAGCAGUCCACAGAGAGGCAAUGAAACAUGCCCAAGAGAUUGCUCAGAAGCAAGUGCAAGCUGGCCAACAGGAGCUGUACAUCAAAGAGCUGAUUGGGCCUCGCGGUGGAUUGCCCACCUUGAAGAAGGACUUGGUGCGGCUGGCAACACUUUUGCAUCAGCCGGUGGAUCCAACAGACAAGAUCAAAGUCUUGAAGGAGAAGAUCCGUGGUCCCCUGGCGACGGUGGUCAGCACUAUGAAAAAUCGGGACUCUCGUUCCCGGGCAGCCAAGGAUGCUGCCAUGAUGCCUUCGUCACCGACUCCGCCCAAAGUCUCCCCAGCUAUACCAAUGACAACAGCAUCAGCGUCUUCCCACGGCGCAGACAGCGCCAAGCUGAUGGAGUUGGAGGCAAAGUUGCAGCAGACCAUCGAGAACCAGGACAUCAAGUUCAAGGACAUGUUGACACAGAUGAUGGUCUUCUUCCAAACAACCUCCCAAUCCAUACAAGGGCAACCGGAGGCUUGGACUUUGCCGAAGGAAGCCAAUCAUGGACCAAUGCAGAUGGACAGCGAGGAUGUCUUCGAUCAAGCAGCUCGACAGAUGGGCAUCACCAGAGAUCAAGCCAUCGAGCUGAAUGCAAUCCACCUGCGAGACCUGGCAGCAUGGGAUCGUCACUGUCGUGACAGAGUUGCAGUGUCCAAAAGCAAGUUUGAAGUCUAUGAGGUGAUGGAGGCCAUGUAUGAGCAGGAGCUUCGAGACAACAUGAAUGAAACGUUUGUCUUGGAGGUGGAUUUUCCUGAUCCAUUCAUCACCGAGGUGUACACUGACACUGAGCCGGUUGCCCGCGAAGCCAGAAAACGAGGACUGAGAGCAGGUGAAAGCUUGACCUUGAAAACGGGCUGGAACUUUCUUUUGGAAGAACACCGCACUCAAGCGUUGAAACUGGUGCGACGACUUCGCCCUUAUGCCUUGGUCAUUGCAUUCCCCUGUGGUCCUUGGAGCUCUAUCAUGAACCUCAACAGCAACGUCAACGUUGAGAAGAUCCGAGAGGAAGCCAAAAUCCUUGUGACCUUUGCGGUGGAGCUAUGCCUUCUCCAGUUGACUUCAGGACGACAUUUCCUGCUGGAGAAUCCACUGACCUCAGCCGCUUGGACUUUGGCAGAGGUUUUGGACUUAGUGGAUAGGCAUGACGUUUUUACAGUGGUGAUCGACCAGUGCACUUUUGGACUUUGCAGUGCGUCUGGCGAGCUUCAUCGAAAGGCCACCAAGUUAGCCACUUCCUCUCAGGCCUUGGUGUCACUGAUGCAAGGUCGGCGAUGUGAUGGCCAACACCAGCAUGCUCCAGUGAUUGGAGGCAGCAAGGUGACUCAACCAGCGGGCCACUAUCCUCCUGCUUUUGCGGCUGCCAUCGUGCGAUCCUUCCAGAACCAGUUCGACUUUGAAUCCAAGAUGCAGCAUCAGAACACCAUCAACGAGGCCAUGGCGACUGAGCAGAAUGAACCCUUGGCUGAUGACUCUUCAGCUGAUGAGCUGGUAGCGGCAGUCUCUGAGGAGAAAGACUUCACCACCAGCCCUGCUGUCAAACAGGCAGUGUACAGGCUGCAUGAGAACACAGGCCAUCGAAGUGGGCGUCGACUUGCCCGUGCUCUUUUGAUUUGUGGAGCCCCCAAAGAGGCCGUGCUAGCAGCCAAACGUUUGCAAUGCUCAGUCUGUGCUGAACAACGUGCACCCUCGCCAAGAAGACCGGCUUCCCUGCCUCAGACCCGGCAGGUUGGUGCCAAAGUUCACAUUGAUUUGCUCAUGUUGGAAGAUGCCUUCCGCCAGAACUAUGUGGUGGUACAGGUGACCGACAGCGUCUCACGGUUCCAGAUGGCAUCCAUCAUCAAGGACAAGUCCACCCACAGUGUGGUUCAGUUCUUAGCCACACAUUGGAUUCCCCUGAUGGGCAAUCCUGCGGUCAUCGUUGCUGAUCAAGGCGCUACAUUGAAAGCCUUAGCCAGCGCUGUCAUCCGUGCCCAAACUUGCACUGGCUAUGAUGACAUGGUGAUGGCAGUAGCUGAGGCAACUGCAGCUUACAACGCUGACAUCAAUGAAGAAGGCGUUUCUCCUUUGCAAGCCGUGACUGGCAGACAGCAGCCUCCAGUUGGAGAUGUGCUCAAUGGAAUUCAUGGACAUCUUGCUGAGCACGAGCUGCUGGAUGAGUCGCAGUUUGCGGCAAGGCAGUUAGCUGCCAGAGAAGUUGCUCGCAUAGCGAUGGUGAGGAUGCACUUCAGUCGUGGCCUUAGACGAGCCGAACUUGCUCGUGCCAGAUCAUCUACACAGGCUGAUCCACCUCAACCUGGUGACCUUUGCUACUACUGGAGAGCUAGCAAGUACAACCCCAAGAAAGGCCGAUCCAGCUCAGGAUCAAAGCAUCGUCUUCAACUUCGACGAUGGCAUGGCCCAGCACUACUUGUUGCAGUUGAGGGUGGUGCCAAUGCCUUCCUCAGCCAUCGUGGUCAACUCACGAAGUGUGGCUUGGAACAUGUGCACAAGGCUUCACCUUUGGAGCAGAUAGCUUCUCAGAGCUGGGAAGAAGCCAUCAAGGAUGUGAUUGACUCCAUCCCUGUCCCUGAGGACAUUCCUGUGCCUGAGGAUGCGGCGAUCAAUGAAGAUGCAGAAGCUGAUGAUCUGUGUGCUGAGCCUGAAACUCCCGUGCCCAGCAUCGCUCUUCCUCCAGUUCAACAACAAGCUCAGGUUUUGUCAUCACCUUUGACCCCAGCAGAAGUUGUGGCAGCCUUGCAGCCAUCUUCCAGAAGACCCUCUACAGCGAGUUCUAUGCCACCGCCACCUGGAUCUGUUGGACAUGGACCAUGUCAAUCUCAGAUGGGCACUGGCACAGCAACUCCGAGCAUCCCAGCACCAAGCACUCCCAGCCGAAGAGCCGUCCUUGGAUCUUCAAUUCAGCGAGCCCAAGCUCUUGAACCUUUGAUUUCUCCCCGAGGAGUUGGAUCCAAACGAUCUGCGUCCCAGCCACUUCCUGAGACAGGUCGAGAUCGAGCUCUACGUUCUGAAGGAGAACUACCUGGUGCUGCAGCUGGAUCUCCAGCAUUUGAGGCUUUGACUUUGACCUGGGAGCAGCUUUGCACAUUGUCCGAUGGAAGAUGGAGCUUCAUGUGUGAGCGCGAAUGGGAACUCCAGAAGUCGUUGGGGCAAUCCCUUCCUUGUGGAGAUGGCGCUCGUCAAGCAAUGACUGUGCAAGCCAGUCGCAAGGAAUACGACUGGGCCAAGAUGUCUCCUGAGAGGCGAACCCUUUGGCAAGAAGCUGCUCAGAAAGGAUGGCAAGUCUACCUCGACAAUGAGGCUGUGGAAGUUCUUACACCACAGCAAUCGGCUGAUGUUCGCCGAGACCUUGCCCAACGUGGAGAACUUGGCAAGAUCAUGCGUCCUCGCUUUGUGCUGACAGACAAGGCAGAUGGCCUGCGCACUGAGGAGAACAACUUGGAAGUGCGACCGUCAGCAAGGCUGGUGGUUCCUGGCUUCAAAGAUGUAUACAACCUUGAAGGCAAGCUGAGACGUGAUGCGCCAACUGGAAGCAGACUUGCUCAGCACCUUCUUUUCAUAUUGGGUGCAUGGCACACGUCCUGGCGAUUGAUCAGCGGCGACGUGCAGUCAGCCUUUUUGAAGGGCGACCCCUACAUGGAUCGCGUCUUGUACAUCUGCGCCACCGAUGCCCAUACCAGUCCAGCAAUUCCUCUUGGUCCAGGCCAGUUAGCGGUUGUCAGGAAGGGCAUUUUUGGUUUGGCAGAUGCGCCACGGCAAUGGUGGCUCAGACUAUGUCGUUCGGUUGGUGAGCAUGGCUGGUCUCGCACUUUGAUUGAUGGUGCAACCUGGCUCUUCUGGAGCUCUCCAUCCGGUGACAAGCAGAUCACUCCAGACAGCACUCUCCAUGGAAUCUUGGUGGCUCAUGUGGAUGAUUUGUUGUUUUGUGGUGAUAGCAUAGCUGAAGCUGCUUUUGAGAAGGUUGGCCAAGAUUUGGGUUUUGGCACCAAAGAAUACAACAAUUUUGUUUGGUGCGGAAAGAGGAUCCGCCGUGCUGCUGACAAGACCAUCCAGCUGUCGAUGGAAGAGUACCAUCGAAACCUGAAGCCAAUCUUUUUGCCGAAGAACCGCUUGAAGGAGCCUGAGGCAGCAUUGAUUCCCUCCGAGGCGAAGCAGUUGCGAGCUCUGUUGGGAAGCUUUCAGUGGUUGGUUGCUCAACUACGUUGGGAUAUGGGCUUUUGGGUUUCAUCCUUGCAGGGUGAGAAACCAUGCAUAGCCCCCAUCAUCAAGGCCAACCAGGCGGUGAAGGAGUUCCAGCAAGACCCUGGCUUUGAGCUGGUGUUUCGCCCUGUGGAUCCUAGCACUGCAGGAAUCAUGGUUGUGGCUGAUGCAGCCCUUGGCAAUGUGUCCCUCAGCGAUGACACUGAUGCCUCGCCCUUGGAGCGGGUCUACAGUCAAGCUUGCUAUUUUGUCCUCCUUGCGGACAAGGACCUCAUGUCCGGUGGCACCGGCAAUUUCAACCUGAUUGACUCGCGGAGCCACAGAAUCCCUCGCCUGCUAGCAACUGCUCGCGGGAUGGACAUGUAUGGCAAGAAGGCAGAGACUGCAAUGGAUGCAGUCAGCAUGCAAGUGGUUGUGGACGCCAAAGAUGUUCACGACAAGACCAACAGCGACACCACGUCAUUUGGAGCACAGAAAUCACUGGCUUUUGUGGUUGCCUGGUUGCGCUCCGAAUUGCGCCGUCCAAACACUCAGCUGAAAUGGACCAGUACAGAAAACAUGUGGGCUGACGCAGGAACCAAGUUGAUGAGCUUGGUGCAUAUGAGGAAGAUCAUUUCCACUGGCCAGUGGAGCGUCUCCUACAGCCCUGGCUUCGUGAAGCAGGUCUACAAGGCCUCGAAAUCCAAGCCUGCAGCACGCGCUGUGGAUGCCAAGAAGAAUGCUCUUUUUGGUGAACCUUUGGAGAAAAACGAUGCCAUGCUAGGGCAUUUGAUGAAGCUGAGCGAGAAGCGUGGAUGGCAUGCGCGUGCUGGCGUCGGCAUCAACGUUGCCUUCAAUGCACGUUCUUUUCGAACCCCUGAGCCGCGAUUUUCCAUUAGCCAGUUUCCAUUCCGCACCACAUACGCAAGAUUUGACCAUCCGAGUGGUCAGUGCGAAUGGCGUAGACUCGAGACCAGUGCCAAGUACAGUGAUUUUUCCAAUCAGCAUGCGCUGUUUGAUCAUAUGGUACCAAUCUUGAUCACGCUGUUUCAUGAUGGAGGCACUGUGAACCUCGAAUAUUUGCCACAAAAACUUUGA